CAUCUCCACCGCCACGACAUCCCGUGACCCCUUGGAUACUUUACCUACUUUCCGAACUGAAACAAUGGACUGCCUGAUCAGAUUUCUACUCCUCCUGUCGCCUCUCUCAGGCCUGCUGGCAGUGCCGGUAGAGGUCCCGGUAUUCGAGUUGGCUCAACCCUUCUGGGACAACGCUUGUGGAAUCACGCCCUCUCCACCGCCCACCGACCUUAUCGAUUCUCUCGACUCUACGGAGGAUGAGCAGGAUGAAUUCUCCGAGGGGAACAUCAGCUGGCACGAGCAACUCGCCAAGAGUCUGCAGAAGGUGCGACACCAGUUGAAGACGGCGAGGGAGCUCCUCGUCUACAAGGAGUUCGACAAGCUUUACAUAGAGGUAAGGAGAGGAGUGCUGGACCGUCAGUACAUCCCUAACUGGGUGCCAAGCAAGGGUGAUGUGGAGGCAAUCUUGGCUGUCGAAACCUUCACCGCCAACGAGAUCGCGAGGUACUUGCCUGUUUUGCUAACAGACCUCCAAAAGUUCGCAGUCGCCUUCGAGCAGAUCUACAGGGACGAGUACCUCAGCUACGACUACUCCCCGAGACAACAGGCUCUACACGACCUCAUCGGCACGCUCAAACAGACGCUGUGCGAGAUAGAGUCUGCUCUGUGGUCCUUGGAUCUUUCCUUUGGCCCCGCAGUAGGCCGCACCAUCAUGUCCCAGAAGGAACGGGACGUCCCGGACUUCACUCACAGGAUGAUCCGGGACAACGGGGUCUUGUUCAAGUAUCGCGACUACCUGUCCGGCUGGAACCGCCUCAUCAGGGUCAAGCAGCUCAUAAGAGCGCUCAAAAAGUAAUGGCAACAUCCGCUCGCUUAAUAAUGGCAACAAUCGAUCGCUUCCGGAUAAAGCUUUUAUUUGCGACUAUAUUAUUAUCACUACUUUUGAUUUCUGUGAUGAUUUAUUAGGUUUUAAGUUUUUCAAGUAUUAUUAUUUUUAUUUUUAUUUAAGUAUAACAAUGGCUAAAACGUAUUUGUAUCCUAGUGUUUAAAUUUCUAAGUCCUCGCACCAAGUAAAGAGCAAAUCAAUUUUACCCAUUGUUAUAUUUAUAGCAAAGUUCAAUAUGUUAAUACUCUCUUAAGUUAAAUAUUAAGUAAUUUUCAUUAUUUCUCUGAUCUGUCUUAUUUUAUUUUGUAUUUUAUUUAUGAAUUCUGAACAACGCUAAUUCAUUUUUUUUUCGUUUCAAAGCUUGUUUUGGUUUUCCAAGACCCACUGUGGCAAGACAUUCACCAACUUAUGACGUGUUACAGAUAUCACAUAAAAGGCAAAGCUCUUCGAAAAGAGAAGCGAAGGAAAUUGAAGAAAUUGCAAAAACUGUACAAACCAUUGGAGUAAUAUUGGCGGAGGGAAAACAGUACAAUUACAGUACAAUCGUGUCUGUGUUCGGUCUUGCCAAAAAUUGCUCAAGAUGGUCCAAAAUUGGGUUCAAAAUUCGUCUUGCCUUCCUCAAUUAAAAAAUCUCUACUAUCCUUAGAACAACUAGUUUUAUUAAUAUUUUCUCACAUCAUUAUAUUCCUUCAGUAUUAGUACAAUAGGUAUUACAUUUUUACCCAGUAUUUAUUUUAUUCCUAAAAUGACAACGGAUUUGUAUUAAACUUAGAUUUAAGUUAUGUAAUGUGCAUAGUUUUAUAUUUCCACAUUGGAAAUGUUGUAAGUUGUUUUAUUUACAGCAAAUUUUAUGUGUUGCUUUAUAUAUAUUUUGCAAUGCAAAUGUUUAUUACAAUCUGAUAAUUCCUAUUUACAACUUUGUUGUUAAGAAUGGUAUGUGAUUUUUAUUUUUGAUAUAAAUUUAUUUAUCACUUUCAUUUUAUACUGUUUCUUAGUUUUAAUUAUUUCUAUUAUUUAUUUAUUUAUUUGCGUGUUUGUCUACGUGUGUUAUAUUUACUUGUGAGAAUGUUAUUUUGUAAUUUGUGUGUGUUAAGUAAAAUAAUUAUCGUAAGUGAAGACUUUAACAAAUUAUGUUUUACGAGUAAUACAUUUAAUGUUACUUACGAUACAAGUAGUUAUUUACGUUUUUUAUGUACAGGUUGGACAAAAAUCAAACACUAAAUAAAAGAAGCAAAAACUCAAUUAGAUGUUAUAGUUUUGUAAUCAUUUGGCAGUCAAUUAUAUAUUCCAAAUUAUAAUGUAUACAAAUCUUAAAAUUUUUCCCUUUUCAAAACAUAAAGAUUAUUAAAAUACUGAGCUAUAAUAAUUAGAGAGAUUUGUCCAAUCCUUCUAGAAUUACUUAUAUCACUGUAUUGCACGUUUUUAAUAAACUAUUCAGUUAUUUUGCAUAUUUAUGAACUUGUAAUUUUGUGUAUUGCAAAACAAUUUUGAAUAACAGUUAGUUGUUUAUUACUUUAAGCCAAAUAAAAAUAUAAGUUAUAAUCACUUAUGUCCUGAGUUAAAAAACUAAACUUAACUGCAUGAACUAAAACUAAAACCUUUAAUCUACUUCACCGUUAUUUAUUUUUACUAAUGUCUUCUAACCUGUUCCUAAAUAAAUUCAGAAUCUUACUAAUAACCUCAAAACUUUUUCCCUUAUAAAUUAAUUUAAUAACUUAUAAUACUAUACAGGGUUUUAUAGUUAUCUUAAUUUAAAUUCACUCUUAUGUUUUAAACAUUUCAAUUAAAACUCCUUAACAGUAGACUUAUAUUCUGAGAACCAUAGUAUAACUAUAUAAGAAAUCAAGAUGAGUCAGACAUUAAGACGUUUAGGUAUAUGUGAUUUAUUAUUUUUAAGUGUAUAUUUAUUAAUUUAAAUAUAAGGCCAAAUAUAUCUCAGUUUAUCUGGCCAACUGUGAUAUCUAAGUAAAUGUCUAAAUUCAUAUUUUGUUAUAUGUGUGAAUUCUAUACUUACAUUGUGUUGUUAAAUUUCCAAUAAAGUUGUGUUUAU